UUUAAUUCAAAUGCUCUUUCUUAUUAUUUAUUUUAAUUUCCCCUUUCUCGUCUUAAGUCCCAAGUGAAGGAAGUCAAGUCCCAUUCUUUGUCUUUUCUUCCCCCUUUCCUUUCCACCACCCCACUCCUACACUGCCUGCAUUCCUCUGUCAAAACCCUAGAUUUUCAAAUCUAGGGUUUUGUUUUCUUAACCUGUUACGGACAUGAUUCAGAAACUCAACUCCCACCCUUGCUAGUUUCAGUUUUCUCUUCUCAAUCUAAGCCCCUGCUUUUUUUCUUCUUUUUUUUUACAUUUUCCCUCGCUAACCUCUGCCAUGGGGUUUUCAAUGCUGAUUCUUUUUCACCUCUAAAACCACUUCCUCUCUUAUUUUCUUUAACUUUUGGGCAUUCACAACUCAUCUUCUUUGUGGUGUUUCUAGGUAAACGAGACCCUUGUUCUUCUUGCAUUCACUUGACAUGAUCUCUGAGCUUGUUACCUGAAUCUCUGGAGCGAGCUUCUGGGCUGUAGAUCCUCUUCUUUCUUCUUUGCGUUUGGGUUAAAGAUCUAAUUUUUCCAUCAUUGUUAAAGCUAUUUGCUUUUGACUAGUCGAAGGGUACCUAGCUAAACCCCUGCUUUUAUAUCUUCACUGGUUUCUUAGUUUAAUUAAGAAGUUAGCAUUAGUGAAAGGAUUUGGGGUUGAGGAGGAAAAAUUAAGAAGAAAUUAUCACAGUUGACAGACCUGUCAGUAAAUGCAUGGAUGGGAGAGAAGGCAUGGCAUUUCCUGGUGGCUCUGUUCCAUAUUACAUGCAGCAUAGAGGAGGAGGGGUUAGUGGGUCUGGUCCAGGAACUGGGACACAGAGUGGAGGGUUUCAACCACCCUCUGGCUUUAGAGCUUUGUCAAAUGUCUCUCCAGGUUCUGCAUUUAAAGUAGAGUCUCAUUCUUAUUCUCAUUCUCAGUCUCAGCCUCAGCAUGCUAGUUUUAGUCAUGGCAUUAACAUAGGUUCCUCUCCUGAUGGUGGAGGUGGAGGACCUUCUUCUGGUGAGCCUGUGAAGAAGAAAAGAGGGAGGCCUAGGAAGUAUGGCCCUGAUGGAUCUGUUUCAUUGAUGCUCUCUCCCAUGUCUGCCACUGCUAGUUCCACGCCGGGAUCAGGCACUUCUUCGGAGAAACGGCCCAGAGGGCGCCCACCUGGAAGUGGAAGGAAGCAACAGCUUGCCACUCUAGGUGAAUGGAUGAACAGUUCUGCAGGACUGGCUUUUUCACCUCAUGUUAUCACCGUUGGAGUUGACGAGGACAUUGUAGCAAAGUUAUUGUCAUUUGCACGGCAGAGACCAAGGGCUGUGUGCAUCUUAACAGGAACUGGGACAAUUUCUUCAGUCACUCUGCGCCAGCCUGCUUCUACUAGCAUCGGUGUCACUUAUGAGGGCCGAUUUCAAAUAUUAUGCUUGUCUGGUUCAUACUUGGUUGCUGAAGAAGGUGGACCUCACAAUAGAACAGGUGGCAUGAGUGUUUCCCUUUCUAGUCCUGAUGGUCAUAUUAUUGGUGGUGGUGUUACUAGGCUUGUUGCUUCAAGCCCAGUGCAGGUGGUAGCAUGCAGUUUCGUAUAUGGGGGCUCCAAGCCAAAGACUAAACAAGUGACCACUACUACUACAGAAGAUACCAGUUCAGAGCCUCAGAGUAGUGAUAAGUUAGCUUCUCCAGGCAGUGUUCCUCCGCCUAAUCAAAACUACACCUCUUCUCCUGCCCCAGGCAUUUGGCCUGCAUCAUCAAGGCCAGUAGAGGUGAAAAGUGCACAUGCACACACUGGUAUUGACUUGACGCGUGGGUGAAGACCAUUUAUUAUUCUAUAAGAGACAUUGCAGUUUUGUAUAGAGAUCUCUUGUUGUAAAUGAAUCGAAUUUGUGAGCAUUGUGACUCUUGCUAUCUCUAGUUCGCGCUAACCUAUGCUGUAACCAAUGGAUUGGGGUUAAGUAACAGUCUUGACUAUGCGAAAAGUGUUUGAUGGAAUGGAAGCGAAAAGUGUUUGAUGGAAGUGGGAAGUAUGUUGUGCUAAUUAAUAGAA